CAGCAGCAGGAGUGUGACCCGAGGAACCUCAAACAUGCGUCAAUCCCGAAAAAACAAACUCCACCAAAUAUCGGAUUAUUAUCACAAACCGUAAUUCCUACUCCAAAAACUAUUCAUGCUAUAAAUCAAGGAUAUAAUAAAUCAGAUAAUCCAGCAGGGACUCAUGUGUUUGUCUUGUGGAGCCCUGUAUAAUCCAGCACCCCUCCAUGGAUUAAGCGCAGAGAAAAGCUGAAUCCAAUCAUUCUGCUCGAGGAGGGUCGCGGCACCGGUGCAACAUGCCCCUUCCGUUCGGAUUAAAGCUCAAGAGAACCAGAAGAUACACGGUGUCCAGCAAAAGCUGCCUGGUGACCCGCAUUCAGCUGCUCAACGGCGAAUAUGUGGAGUUCACGCUUUCGGUGGAAAGCACGGGACAGGAAUGUCUGGAGGCAGUCGCGCAGAGACUCGAGUUACGGGAGAUAACGUAUUUCAGCCUCUGGUACUACAACAAACAAAACCAGCAGAGAUGGAUUGAUUUGGAGAAGCCGCUGAAGAAACAGCUUGACAAGUAUGGACUGGAGCCGACCGUUUACUUUGGGGUGGUGUUCUACGUGUCGUCUGUUACCCAGUUACAGCAAGAGAUAACCAGAUAUCAGUAUUAUCUCCAACUGAAGAAAGAUGUUCUGGAGGGGAAGAUCCCGUGCUCCAUUGAGCAAGCCAUUCAUUUGGCCAGCUUGGCUGUGCAAGCUGACCUUGGAGACUUCAAUCGAUAUGACUCCCAGGAAUUCCUUCAAAAAAUUGUGCUUUUUCCAAUGCCAUGGAUACAGGACGAGAGGGUUGUGGAAGAGGCCACUCAGAAAGUCACCAUGCUCUAUCAAAACUACCGAGGUCUGUCUGCACCGGAGGCGGAGUUGCUUUACAUGCAGGAGGUGGAGAAGAUGGAGGGGUAUGGUGAGGAGAGUGUCCAAGCGAAGGAUGCUCAGAGCACAGAUGUGAUUAUUGGCUCUUGUCUGGAUGGGAUAUUUGUCAAGCACAAAAAUGGGAAAGCACCUCUCAUGUUUCGGUGGAAUGACAUUAAUAACAUGACUCAUAAUAAGUCUUUCUUUGCCCUGGAGCUCGCCAACAAAGAAGACACAAUCCAGUUCCAGACUGAGGACAUGGAGACGUCCAAAUACGUGUGCAGAAUGUGGCUGGCGCGGCACAAGUUUUACAAAAUUAACAACAGCAGUCUAGAGCUGUCUGAUGGCCCAAUCUCUGAGGGCUCCCAGAGGUCCAUUCUCUCUCUUUCUUUUCCUCGUUUUCCAAACCUCUCUCGUCCCUCUGUGACUGCUGACAAGGGACAAACUCAGCCCGCUCCUGUAAACGCAGUGAGGCGACGGUCCUCGACGAGAAUGUCUCUGCCAAAACCGCAACCCUACAUGAUGCCACCUCAGAUGCACUUUAACGGCCAUUACAACGAACCGUACACGUCAUCACAAGAUAAUCUUUACAUCAACAACCAGAAUGGUUUCUACUACCAUUCCCAGACCAGUCUGGAUCGCUCUCCGCACGAGUACAACGGCCGGAUCCGUAACGGCAGCGUUUACAGCGCCCACAGCACCAGCUCCCUCAACAACCCGCAGCACUACCUGCAGCCGUCUCCCAUGUCGUCCAACCCCAGCAUCACAGGAAGUGACCUCAUGAGGCCCGACUACGUGCCUUCCCACCGUCACAGCGCCCUGAUCCCGCCGUCCUACCGCGCCACGCCCGAUUACGAGACCGUCAUGAGACAGAAGAACCUCGGGAUGAUCCCGCCGGCCGAGCGCCAGAGCCACUCCAUGAGGAACCUCAAUAUUGGCAACUCGUACGCUUACAGCCGCCCAGAUCCGCUCGUUUACAGCCAGCCCGAAAUCCGAGAGCAUGGCACGGGCCAGUACCCGUUCCACCUCAACUACAGCUUCCACAGCCCCUCCCCUUACCCCUAUCCCACCGAGAGACGGCCCGUAGUGGGCGCCGUCAGCGUCCCCGAGCUCACCAACGUCCAGCUUCAGCAGGCGCAGGAAUAUCCGGCGCCUAACAUCAUCAGGAAUCAGGUGUACUGGCCGCCGCCGCCGUAUCCCUACCCUCACCCUCGACCCGCAAACAGCACCCCGGACCUGUCCCGCCACCUCUACGUCAGCAGCAGCAACCCGGAUCUCAUCACACGCCGCGUCCAUCACUCGGUGCAGACCUUCCAGGAGGACAGCCUGCCCGUGGCGCAUUCGCUGCAGGAAAUGAGCGCACCGCUCGUCACGACCCGAAGACCUCACAUGCACAAGCGCAACUCCAUCGAGAUCGCCGGCCUGGCGUACGGCCUGGAGAACAUGAGGCUGAAGGAGAGGAAGGUAUCUGCAUCUGCGGCUGAGACUCCGCCCCCAGUGUCCCAGGUGAUGCCACCUACAGCAUCCGGCUCCGACAUCAACGUCGUCCUGGAGGUCACGAAACCCGAGGACGGGGUCAUCAAAGAGGAUGUCAUCUACGGCCACAAAAAAUCCCUGUCCGAUGCCACAAUGCUGGUGCACAGCAGUGGUGAGGAAGAAGAAUUUGAGGACGACAGUGGCCGACACACACCCCAAUCUCAGGAUGCAGUGGGCGGUCCCGAGCAUCACAUGACGGCGAUGGGACGGCCACUCAUAGAUCCGCCCGCUUAUCCGUUUAGCCACAGUAUGGAAACUGUCCUGACGGGCCCACUGGCGUACCAGGCCCAUGCCAUCAUCCGCAAACCGGAGGACAUGGGGCAGCUGCCGCCUCUGCGAGAGCCUGGACAUAUGGUGCCUUCGGUGUCAGAGGGGGAUCUGAGCGGACAGGGACGCUUAAGACAGAAGAGAGACGUCUUUAAGAGACCCGUCUCUGACGUGCCGCCUGCCAGAAGGAACAUCGAGGGUCUUCCUCCAGCGGGCAUGAAGAAAGGACGCUCCGAGGUCAAGAAGGUGGGUCCCCUGAAGAUGGCCGCUCUCAACGGCCUGACCCUGUCCAGAAUGCCUCUGCCCGACGAAGGGAAAGACGACCCGGAGAACGCGUCUAACGAUGAGAGGUGUAAGAUACUGGAGCAGCGCAUGGAGCAGGGGAUGGUGUUCACCGAAUAUGAGCAGGUCCCCAAGAAGCGGCCCAACUGUGAGUGCACUAUCGCUCUGAUGCCUGAGAACGGCGACAGGAACCGCUUCCAGGAUGUCCUGCCCUAUGACGACACACGUGUGGAGCUGGUGCCCACCAAAGAGAACAACACAGGCUACAUCAACGCCUCACACAUCAGGGUUACGGUCAGAGGUAAAGAGUGGAGUUAUAUCGCAUCUCAGGGUCCGCUUUCCAGCACCUGCCAAGACUUCUGGCAGAUGGUUUGGGAACAAGGCGUUGCCAUCAUCGCAAUGGUUACAGCGGAGGAGGAAGGGGGUCGUGAGAAGAGUUUCCGCUAUUGGCCUCGUCUGGGCUCUCGCCACAACACUGUUACUUACGGACGAUUUAAAAUCACCACACGCUUCCGCACGGACUCUGGGUGCUACGCCACAACGGGCCUGAAGAUCAAACACCUCCUCACGGGACAGGAGCGAACCGUCUGGCACCUGCAGUACACGGACUGGCCAGACCACGGCUGCCCGGAGGACUUUAAAGGGUUUCUCUCGUACUUGGAGGAGAUCCAGUCGGUGAGGCGACACACCAACAGCUCCAGCGAUCCAAAGAACACAAACCUGCCGGUCCUGGUGCACUGCAGCGCAGGGGUGGGACGCACUGGUGUGGUCAUCCUGUCUGAGAUCAUGAUAGCUUGUCUGGAACAUAAUGAGAUGCUGGACGUCCCGACUGUUCUGAACUUGCUGCGGCAGCAACGCAUGAUGAUGGUACAGACGCUCUCACAGUACACCUUCAUUUACAAAGUCCUCAUUCAGUUCCUGCGAAACUCCAGACUGAUCUGAGACCAGCGCUGGCACAGAGGAGGAGACGUCCUCCGUCCCACGAGCCUCUCACAACCCCCCUCAGUCCCCGCCGGAACCGUGAAAGCGCGACUUCGCUUCCUGAGCGCUUCCUCACAGUAUUAGUGACGGGGCGAGACACGAGCCGGGGCAAGUAUGAAGGACGCUGCGCCCCGCUCUAUUUUACCAGUAUUAUUCACAGAUUUCACUGUGGGCUUUUACACGGAUGUCAGUCCCAGCACUUUUAUUUCGCUGUACAUAGACGCGAACGACGCAGCUCUGUUAUUUAAUAUGAUACGCUGAACUGCAGUGGUUGUUUUAUACCGGGAUCCUCGUGGAGUUUUAUUAGUUUACGCAUGAAGGUUUAGCGAGCCAAAACAAAACUAGCGGACACAGUGUUUAAAGACGUGUGACUUCAGUAGAUGGAUGAAUCUCACGAAAAAGCUCAAAGUUGCUGUUGAAAUGUGCUUAAAAUGCAAAAAAGCUUGCUUUUCUUUAUGCUAAAUAUCUAAAUGCUUAUUUUCAUGAGAUUCACCCAUUUGCAUCAUGGGAUGGAUAUAACAGGACUACGACUAUGUCCAGUGUUACACGGCAUGUUAAAGCAAAGCUGUUGCUUGAGAUUUUACUAUUUAACCCUACAAACGGGUUUCACCGAUCAAACGCAUCUCAAGUAUGAAUGCAGCCAAAGACAGGAGGGUUUAUUUUCUGAUCGCAGACGCAACCUAUAAAUAAUUUACAAUAUGUAUUAAAAUUGUAUAUGAAAACUGUAUUCUACAUAUAAUCAGAAAGGCUUUCUCAAUGCAUUAGGGAUGAUUUUGUAUUUUUCCUGCUCUUGCCACAUUUCCACCAGCAAUAUUCAAUAACCCGACACACCAAAGAGCGUCACAGACUCGACUUGUGACCUCAUUAUCUUACACACACACACCAGCUAUGAUGGUUUACCAAAGAGUUUUCAGCUUAUUGAUGUCUUUGAGUCUUAAAACACUGUGAAACUGCAUUAUCCAUUCUGUUUGAGGAGGAGCUGAGGGAGCAGAAUGUGCCAUAGCAAAUCAGUAGGCCCUUUGUGUUUUAAUUUGUGAUUUGAAUUGCAAUCAGGUUGUUAUUUACGAUAAAGCAGUGCAGAUUGAUGCUACAUUCCACCAUAAUGGUGCUGUUACAUGUUCAUAAAGGAAUAGUUUACCCAAAUAUGCUGAAAAUGUACUGAAUUUGGAAAAAUGUAGCAUUUUAUCGUAUGCUCACCUGUUGUAGUGAAUGGGUGCCGUCAGAAUGAGAGUCAAAACAACUGAAAAAAAACAUCACAAUAAUCACCCUCAGGCCAGAUGUAGAUGAGUUUCUUCAUCAGAUUUGGAGAAACGCAGCAUUGCAUCCCUUGCUCACAAAUGGAUGUAAAUGGGUGCCGUCAGAAUGGGAGUCCAAACAGCUGAUAAAAACAUCACAAUAAUCACCCUCAGGCCAGAUGUACAUGCGUUUCUUCAUCAGAUUUGGAGAAAUGCAGCAUUGCGUCACUUGCUCACCAAUGCAUCCUCUGUGGUGAAUGGGUGCCGUCAGAAUGAGAGUCCAAACAGCUGAUUAAAAACAUCACAGUAAUCCACAAGAAAUCCACACCACUCCAGUCCAUCAGUUAACAUCUAGAGAAGACAAAAGCUGCAUGCUUGUAAGAAGCAUCUCUAUUAUUAAGCAGUUUUUAAAUUCAAACCAUUGCUUUCAGCUAAAAUAAAAGUCCAUAAUCUAUAAUAACGCUUCCUCUAGUGGAAAAAUCCAUCUCAGUCCAUCCAGUUCAGAGCUGUUUUGGCUUGUAAACGGUGCUUGAUCUGUGUAGAGUUCUCUGCUGAUUCAGGUAAGCCUUUUUCUACUGGAGAAAGCAAUAAUUAUGGAUAAAAGACUCCUAUCUUGACCAGAAGUGACAGUUUGAAGUUAAAAACAUCUUAAUGAUAGAUUCGUUUAUUAAAAAUGUGCAGCUUUUGGCGGCUUAAGAUGUUAAUUGAUGGAGUGGUGUGGAUUACUUGUGGAUUAUUGUAAUGUUUUUAUUAGCUGUUUGGACUCUCAUUCUGACGGCACCCAUUCACUGCUGAGGAGGAUUUCUCCAUAUCUGGUGAAAAAACAAACUCAUCUUCCUGAGGCUGAGUAAACUUUCAGCAAACUUUCAUUUUUGGGUGAACGAUUCCUUCAAAUCCAAGCAUACCUGCAGCGUCCCUUUUAAACAAAGGCUUAGUGUGAUUUUUCUUUUUUAUAUUUAGAUGAUUCAUUGUGACGCUCAUUUACAGUUUAUAGAAAGUAUCCAAUUUUAGUGGAGCCAAAUUUUGCCAUGGGUGAAUUUCAUAGAAACUUUAAAGAAGCUUCCAGGUCAUAUUUCAAUAUAAAAAUCAAAAGAAAAAAGUGCAGUUUAAAGUAAUUGUACUUAAUUUAACUUAUUGUGCAGAUGAUGCGUCACUGAAUUUCAGUAAUGAGGAUAACAUUUCUUUCGCUUGACAGUAAUGACAAUUUAAGGACAAAUAGUUGCUUAGUUAUGAAAUAAAGGCUGAAAGCUUUAAUUGUCCCAGAAUAUGUUACAAUAUAAAAUUAAUUAUAUUAAAGUAUCUUUUUUUUCUUUUGGUUUUGUGCUGAAAUAUGAUCAGAAAUGUUCUUUGUAAGAGUCACUCUCUUUAUUCAGUUCUGACUGGUGCCUAAAACAACAGCAGUGUGUCCUUGUUUGCUUUUGGUUAAAUUGUAAAAUCAAAUAUUUUUUGUUGUGAAGGACAAUCACUUUUUCACAUUAUCCUGUGCAUGGGAAUAUCAUGAAACAUUAAUUCAGACUAAAACGACUUAUCCACAGGUUGGGUUCCUUCAUUUAUCCAUGCGGUAAAAGUGUUUUGGUUGUAUAAUGGUUGUAAAAGCACAAUGUCUGUCUCAAAACCUUUUCAUAAUUCAUGUUGAGUUGUGUCGGUUUAGAUUUAGACGAACUGCUGCGACGAAUGAGGUUUGCUGAUGUGAGUGGACAAUGAUCAGUGUUCAUCUGAACUGGAAAACUGAACUUCAAGACAAUAAUGAACAAAGCUGAAAACUGGACUCCCAGAGCUGCUUUUUUGGAAUACAUGUAUAUUAAUAAGCAGAUACUGUUUA